AUAAGCUAAGCAUAAAUCUUCUCUUGCUUUGCUUUGGUUUGCUUUUCGUUUUUCUUUCUACUUUUGCAUCAACGGUUUUCAUCUUUGAUUUUAUAACUGUCCUUCUUCUAACUGGGCCUUAUUUUUUCCAAAAUAUGUUCUCAAAAUCUGUCUUUUUUGUAUUUGUAUUAUUUAUAUUCCCACUGAUAGUCUCUUCAUCAUUAUUAAUACCAAUAACACAAGCAUCACAGCACCGCAAGCAAUGUUCGAAUAUAGAGAGUCAUGAAGAUCAAUGUGCCUUUGUCAUGACCGCCUGCCAUGGAUUCAGUGGCGUAUUUUUACGAUUCUACUAUUGUUCAAACCUGUGGAAACCAUUUAGUUUAGCAUUAAUGCUGUCUGGAUUAUUGCUACUGUUUGGUGCAGUCAGUACAGUUGCCGCUGAUUUUUUUUGUCCAAACCUCCAGACAAUCUCUUCACGGCUUCAACUAUCAGAAAGUAUGGCUGGUGUAACGGUUUUGGCUUUUGGUAAUGGCAGUCCAGACUUAUUUAGUACCUUUACGGCUAUGAACAGCGGAUCAGGUUCUCUAGCUAUUGGAGAGCUUAUCGGAGCAGCCUUUUUUAUUGUGUCGGUAGUAUCAGGAUGCAUGGGAAUUAUUCGACCUUUUCGAUCAAAGAGAAUAACGUUUAUGCGUGAUGCAACCUUUUUAACCGGAGCCAUCAUGAUCAUGACAUGGAUCGUAUAUCAUCAACGUAUAUGCUGGUAUCAUGGGUUAAUUUUGAUUUGCUACUACUUGACCUAUGUGAUUGUUGUGGUAAUGGGCGCCUACCGUUUUCCAGGAGCAGAAACGCCUGCUUUGCCCGAACCAAAAUCUAUUAGCAUUGAUCAUAACGAAACAGGAGAGCUACUGAGUGAGACUUCAAGACUCUUACAGUCCAAUCCAGUGGAUGGUUAUAGUAAGCCUCUCCGAUUGGAUAUUCCAGCUCAAGGAUUUCAACAAGAGCAUUUGGGACACGUUAUUCGACCCGUUUCUCCGAACUCAUCUUUCAUAUCACGACGAUCCUCUCUACACAUGGAUUCAUAUGUCCCUCGUACCACAAGUACUAACGGAUCAAUAUCAUCAAGGCUUUAUAGACGUGCGAUGACUCCACGCAUUGGAAUGCGUGCAUCACUCUUCAGUGCUAUCGAGUUUCAAGAACAGAUAACCAGCAUAAAGAGAGCUAAUAGUACACAAAUAUACCGUAAUCGACGUUUAUCUGGAGGUUUGCGGCAAGGACAUUCACAAACAUCAGUUCCUUGCAUGUCAACGGCAGUCGAUAACAGACAACAAAAUGAUGCAGAUCAACUUCAUGCAGUUUUUCCCUACAGCCAUCAACAGCAUCUUUAUUUAGGUAGAUCGCCGGAUAAUUAUAACAAUGGCGCUGUAAACGAUUAUUUUACAUAUAUUUCUGCAAAUCAGCAACUGCCUACGAAUGGUACAGGCACUGCUGCUACGAAUGUAUCAAGUCCCCAAAGGAACGACACCCUCAAUAAAAACAGCAUACCUGAAAUAAGACUAGCACCACCCGCAGCAACAACAGAUUACCCACAACAUCAGAAAAAACCGCAAAAUGACCUCGAAGAAGCGAAUGUAGACGAUGAUGACAGUGGUAUAGAAGGCGUUCCAAGGCAACAAGCUUUGAAAAGAUCUAUUUCUUUUUCAAUUAUAUUGGACGAUAUUUGCUCAACUUUAUUUCCUACACUUCAAGAAUGGGAAUCAAAAACAGCAAUGGCUAAAUUGAGCGCUGUUGUUGCUGUACCUCUCGUUUUGGUCUUUACGUUAACUCUACCUAUUGCCGAAGGAAACGAAGUGAAAGUGGAUGAUAUUGAGGUCUCUGAUUCAAUGAUGCCGUUGACAGACGACAAUGACGAUGACGACGACGAUAGCAGUUUGAACGCACCUCGCGUUAUAGUAGAAGUUACAUCAGCAGGAGAUGAUGUACCCACAUCAAUUACAAGAAGCGGUUUUGAAGGUGGCACUACGUCGAAGACCUUCUUGACAGUGCCAACUUCCGAAAGGAGCAUAUUUGAAUUAAAUACAGAAGAUGGAGACCUACCUCUGUUAAUUGAAGAAGAAGACCCUACUCCAUUUGGUUGGUGUCGAUGGUUGGUUUCUAUACAAGCAAUAUUUGCAACUACAUUUGUCACAAUCGUUAUGGCAUUGAAUGGUUAUAUCCCAUCUCCCGGUGUUUUUGUUGGAUUUUUGAUAGGCUGUAUGUUAGCCUGUCUCGUGCUAGUCAAAACCAAAGCAAACGAGGCACCAAAAUGGUACUGGAUGCUAUCGUUCGUUGGAUUUGUCAUUGCAUUGAACUGGAUCUUCUUAAUAGCCAAUGAAAUGGUUGGGCUUUUACAGGCAUUAGGAGCGAUCUUUAAUAUUAGUGAAGCUAUUAUGGGCUUGACAAUUUUUGCAUUGGGCAACAGCGUCGGCGAUUUGGUAGCGAAUACGGCUAUUGCUAAAAUGGGGUUCCCGACCAUGGCGAUUUCAGCAUGUUAUGCAGAUAUGGUAUUAGGAGUCGGAAUUUCGUCAACUUAUCAGACAUGGAUCACUGGAGUACCAUACCAAUUAGACAUCGCACCCACCAUCCUUAUUUCAUCUUCGGGGUUAAUUAUUGUACUGCUCAGUACGCUUAUUGCUGUUAAUAUCAACGGCUAUCAUAUUAAUAGACAACUUGGUUGGUGGAUGAUUAUCGUUUAUUUGACAUGUACCGUAGUCAAUGUUUUGUUAGAAUUUCACGUCUUUUAUUAAGAGAGUGAAAAGAAUUUAUACCAAAAUAAAUUGUAUAUAAUAUCCAUGAAGAAGUACCAUCUACAUAUUAUGUUCAUUCAUAUCUGCCGAACACAUUAGUAGCACUAUUCUAGAAUAGAAGUCCAUUUGUUUCAAUGUACAUGUUGGAUGUUGACAAAUGAAAACCUUGCUACCAAAAGUGGCAAGAAAUAAGCGCAACUGACAAAUGCACAGCAUUAGUUGUUAUUUCAA